GACUAUGUGAAUAAUUAAUCAAAACACCCUACGAAAUUAUCGGAUUUCUUCUGUUAGUUUUAGCAGCGGCUUCAUGAAAUAGAGAAGACUCGGAAAUCGCAUUUAAUUGAAGCCGAUGGUGGCCAAAACCUUUCUUUGAAGAUUACCAGCGAUGGAGAAGAGAAGAGGACACGAACUAGUGUGAGGAACAGCCGACAUGAGAUAACGAGAUUUAUUAGAAUCAAAACUUCAAGUAACCAAUGGCUUGGGACGGCAGAAAAGUCGUCAAGUCGAGUGUGAUUGGAUUCACAGUGUUGUGUUUUCUCAUCGGCUUGGUUCUGAUCAUAUUCGGCGACACAAUAGCCACUCCAUUUGGAGACUACUUCACAUUAAAAGCAGAAGCCUUUAACGACAAUCUUGGGCUAAGGAUCGGUCUGAUAUUCCUUAUUCUAAUUAUAGCAGGGAUAUGUAUUUUCGCAGCAGUAAAAGAAAACAAUAGACUAUUGACUGUGAUGGCAGUGUUAUUCUUUAUAAUGUUCGUAACGGAACUUGCUUUGGGAAUCGUUUAUUUUACGAUGCGAAACGAAGGCGUUCUUAAAGAAACAAAGUCAGCCAGUGGGCACCAGUUGCUAAGCAUGUACGGGACUGAUCCAGGCGUUACUAAGGCGCUGGAUGAUAUACAGAGAGGGUUUGGGUGCUGUGGUGUGAUGGACUAUCGGGAUUGGUUCACCUCAGGCUGGGUUGCCAAACAGGGUGUGAGCAAUCGUGUGCCCAGUUCAUGCUGUAAAGUCCCAUCACCCACAUGUGGCUGGGACAUGGACAUCAAAAACCCGGUCGAUGUCAUUAACAUCGUAGGCUGUACAGGGCUCAAUUAUUUCCACGACAAAAAUCAAAGGAUUGUCGGUGGCGCAGGACUGGGCGUGGCCUUCAUUCAUCUCGCGACUAUCCUAUGCUGCUUCGUAUUUAGCUGUUGUUUCAACUCGGUCGGGGGACUGAGUCCAGUCGAUGCGCUGAAGGGCAAGGACCCGGAGUAUUCAGAUGAAGUUACUGGUGAUGGGUCAGGAUCGGGCAAGUCGAUGUCUGGAUCGGGGAGUCCAUCAAAGCGGCAAAGUAACCGCAAGAAAUCGAUGCCUGCAUUUCAGGAACCGUUUGAUGAUGAUGAUGAUCUGCCGGAGAACUCGUCUCAAGAUUUACUCGACAAAUCCAAAACUGAUUAUUAAUGUCAAAAAUAGUUCCACCACCCCGAACUUUAAUCUUAAAAAAGUUGUAAGCCAAAAAAAUGGACCAAGGGAUGACUAGAUGAGAGUGACUGGCCUAUGACGAGAAGUGAGGAAAAGUGGGCUAUUAUGUGUGAGAAAUCGAAAUCGAAAGAGCACCUCCAUAUUAGUAAGAACGCAAAGUUGUAGCUUAUAAUGUUGACCAUAGUAGAAAUGGCAUUAAAUAUAAAAUUGAAAUUGAAUAUUUUAUAAUAUGAGGAUUUGUAUGGGAAAAUAUGAUGCCAUCCAGCACAUUUCCCCAUACAAAUCCUAAUGUUCGAUUUUGUAUCUAAUGCCAUUUCUCCURUGUUACAUGUCAUAAGCUGAAACUUUGCCUUCUUACUAAUAUCGAGAUGCUCUUCCGAUUUCUGUUGUAUUAGAAUAACAAACUUGUUGGGGUUCCUGUAUAGAAAUUUAUAUCUAAAAAGUGCAAUAGAAAAAGAAAGUAGGUUUUUGGUUCCAUGAAGCAAAACCAAAAAAAGUUCAAAGUAUGGAACUUAUUGUUUGGAAGCUACUUAAAAGCCGAUAAGAAAAUACAGUAA